CCUUCCGUCCUCUUGACUCGUCUCCUCCUUCCCGUCGUUCUUUGCGCGGUUCCGGCUCUUUUCUUUCUUUUUUUUUCCGGGCGCUCCCGACGCCGCCAUGGGAGUUGACAUUCGCCACAACAAGGACCGGAAGGUUCGUCGUAAGGAGCCUAAGAGUCAAGAUAUUUACCUUCGUCUCCUGGUCAAGCUCUACAGGUUUCUUGCUCGGCGGACCAAUGCAAAAUUCAAUAAGGUGAUUCUCAAACGGCUGUUUAUGAGUCGUACCAACCGGCCUCCGCUGUCACUAUCCCGCAUGAUCCGUAAGAUGAAGCUACCAGGCCGGGAUAACAAAACAGCUGUCGUAGUGGGCACAGUGACGGAUGAUGUUCGAAUCCAGGAAAUCCCCAAACUGAAGGUCUGUGCACUCAGAGUGACCAAAGGUGCCCGCACACGCAUCUUGAAAGCUGGUGGCCAGAUCAUGACUUUUGAUCAGUUAGCCAUGGCUGCCCCCAAAGGACAGGGAACUGUAUUGCUUUCAGGACCCAGGAAGGCCCGUGAAGUUUAUCGACAUUUUGGCAAGGCCCCGGGCACCCCACACAGCCAUACUAAGCCAUAUGUCAGAUCCAAGGGCCGAAAGUUUGAGCGGGCUCGAGGCCGCCGUGCCAGCCGAGGGUACAAAAACUAGAUUGAUUCUUAAAAAUAUUUGAAGGCCAAGAUGUAUGGGAUUAAACAUUGUCAUACUCAAUAUAAA